AUGCGGGGGGUUCUGUCUGCCCUGCAGACGGCAGGGGCCCUGCAGAGGCCUUUGGUGGCCUGCUGCCGCAGCAGAACUUAUUCUGCUGCUGCUGCUGCAGCAGCAGCAGCUGCUGCUGCUGCUACAGCCGCCCCAGCUUUGCAGCAGCAGAAGCAGCAGCAGGAGAAGCAGCAGCAGCAGCAGCAGCAGCAGCAGAAGCAACAGCAGCAGCAGCGGCAGCAGCAAACCAUGAGCUCUCGAGCGCGUUAUUUCCAGCUGCGGCAAAAUAUGAAGAAGUGCACAGAGCAGCAGCAGCAGCGCCACCGCGAGCAGCAGCGGCAGCGUGAUGCUGCUGCUGCUGCUGCUGCUGCUGCUGCUGCUAAAAGAGCGGAUGGAUCGGACCUUGAAGUCGUUGCUUCUCCGGCCUCAGCAGCAGCAGCAGCAGACGCUGCAGCAGCAGACCCUGCAGCAGCAGCAGCAGACCCUGCAGCAGCAGCAGCAGCAGCAGACCCUGCAGCAGCAGCAGCAGCACGUUUGGCCGCGCUGCGGCAGCAGCGAAGCCGGCUAAAAAAGAGAAGAGCAGCAGCACUGCCCCACAGCCACUGGGACUUUGUGGGGAAGGGAGACAGCGAGCCGGUAUCUUGUGUUGCUGCUGCUGCUGCUGUUGCUGCUGCUGCUGCUGCUGCUGCGGGGGGGCCUGCUGCUGUAGACGCGAACUGCUACGCCUCAGCAGCAGCAGCAGCAGCAGCAGAAGUCUCUGUGGGCUCUAUUUUCGAAGAAGACACGGGAGAGCCCCUGGAGGCUCUCGACGCAGCAACCGCAGCAGCAGCAGCAGCCCCAGCAGCAGCAGCAGCAGCAGCAGCAGCAGCAGCAGGACCUGCUGCGUUUGUGUCCAAAGCAACAAACAGCAAAAAGAAAGCUAUUUGGGAGCUGCCGCAGAAGCAAAAGGAGACAGCAGCAGAAGCGGAGGCAGCUGGCCGCAGUCUCCUUUAUUUGGAGCCACCCGCUGCUGCUGCUGCUGCUGCUGCUGCUGACUCAGCAGCAGCAACAGCAGCAGCAGCAACAGCAGCAGCAGCAACUCAGCCGGACGAAAAGGAGCAGCAGCAGCAGCAGCAGCAGGCAGUAUUUGAGUGGCCGCCCGAUAAAACGUCUCCCAAAGCUGCUGCCGCUGCUGCAGCGCGUCGCCAGUGGAGCAGCAAAUCGCAGCAGCAGCAGCAGCAGCAGCAGCAGCAGCAGCGGCUGGUGGACUUGUGGGCGAACAGAGCAGCAGCAGAUUUGUCCUUCACUGCCCCCCCUGCAGCAAGAAGGAAGUUGGAGCCAAGCAGGCUCAUGCAGCAGGUACUGAACAUCAAGCCCCAGCAGCAGCAGCAGCAGCAGCAGCAGCAGCAGCAGCAGCAGCAGCAGCAGCGUGAGGAGCCGGUUGGAGGGAAGGCUCCUGCGGAGGGAGGAGAGCGGCAGCAGGCUGUUUCUUGCGGAGCAGCUGCUGCUGCUGCUCCUGCUGCUGCUGCUGCUGCUGCUGCUGGGGAUGUGAUCCCGAGCCGGCUUAGUGACCCGAAAGCCAGCAGCAGCAGCAGCAGCAGCAGCAGCAGCUGCCGGGAGGACCUGCUGGACCACGGGGCUCGUUUGGUGCGUGAGCUGAAGCAGCAGGCGCUGGCGCAGUCCGCAGCAGCAGCAGCAGCAGCAGCAGCAGGAGGAGCAGCAGCAGCAGCAGCAGAAGACCCGGUGGCUGCUGCAGUGCGGGAAAGCGUGAGUUACUACCCGGGGAUAGAGCGGCAGCGGCGGCAGCAAGAACUUGCUGCUGCUGCUGCAGUGUCGCUGGAGGAGCUGCUGCAGCAGGGGCGCUGCAGCAGCGCGAACGUAGCAGCACUGAUUCGGGCGAAGGGGCAGCAGCAAGGGCUUGCUGCUGCAGUGGAAGUGUACGAAGCAGCAGCAGCAGCAGGACUGCAGCCGGAGAGCGAGUGGUUUGUGUCUUUGCUGCUGGCAGCAGCAGCAGCGCGAGACGCAGCAGCAGCAAGGCUGCUGUUCCUGAAGCUGCGGGCGCUGCUGCUGCAGCCCACUGCGCGCGUCUACGGGGCUUUGGUGCAUGCGCAUGCAGCAGCAGGAGAAGCAGCAGCAGCAGCAGCAAUUAUCCGGAAGAUGGAAGCUGAGGGGCUGGCAGCAGAUGCUGCAGUCUACACCCCGCUGCUGCACUGCCUCGUGCUGCAGCAGCAGCACGCUGCAGCGCAGCAGCUCUUCCGAGACCUCCGGACUUGGAAAAAAGUGCUGCCGGAUGCUGCGAUGUUCACAGUAAUGAUGAAGAUGCAUGCAAGGAGAGCAGCAGCAGCAGCAGCAGCAGCUUUGCUGCAGGACAUGCUGCAGUCCCAAGUCCGCCCCACAGACCUCACUUACACUGAACUUCUUGCUGCAUGCGCAGCAGCAAAGUCCCACUGCCGCGAGGCCUUUAGGGUUUUCGACCAGAUGCAAGCGGAGGGCAUGCCGGCUUCUCCGAGGGUUUACAAACUCCUCCUCAAGGCGUGCGCGACGGCGGGGGACGUGGCGAGAGCGCGGAGAGUGGUGCAGCAAAUGGCAGCAGCAGGAGUGAGACUGUGCAGCAGCAGCUACCGGAGUUUGCUGCUGCUGUUUGCUGCAGCAAGUUUGCUGCCGGGGGCUUCGCAGCAAGAAAGAAGCAGCAACGUCCGCUGCAGCUGGCACUUGCUGCAGUGCAUGCGCAUGCAAGGGUUUAGACCCCACACUUCCACCCUCAACGCGCUGCUUCAGGUGUACAGACACUCCAAGUUUCCCCAGUUUGCAGUUGACCUGCUUCGCCACUUCCAGGACUUCGGACUCAAACCCAACAACCAGACCUACGCCAUUCUCCUCAGGCAGGCUUUAGGAAUGUUUGGCUCGGACUUGAAAGACCCCGGAAGGUACUUUGCCCUAUGGGACUUUCUCAAGAAGGAAGGCAGCCCCAGCACCAGCAGCAGCAGCAGCAGCAGCAGCAGCAGCAGCAGCAGCAGCAGCAGGAAGGGGGAGCGUUGUUUGACGCAGAGUCCGUCGCUGCUGCGGCUGUCGCUCGAAGUGUCUCUGCUGUCUCAGUCUCGAGAAAGGACAAUAGAAGUGUUGCGGGAGAUGUACAUACACCGCGUGUACCCCACCCCACAGCUAGCUAGCCAGCUAGCUGCUGCAGCGCGGCAGGUGACGGAGGUGCACUUGCUGCUGCGCAACUUGCUGCUGCUGCAGCAGCACGAGGAGUACAGCAAGCAGCAGCGGCAGCAGCAGCUGCUGCAGACGCGGAUCGACGAGCACGAACUCGAGGUGUACAGACAGGGCAGGCCCAGCGUGCGCAGCAGCGAAACGGAGCAGCAGCAAAUUCGAAAACACUUUUUCAAAAAAAUGGACAAACAACCUAAACCCUGGCUUCCUCUGAGUGAAUUCAUUAAAAAGAAACAAAAAGGAGGAGAAGAAUAUGCCAAACGCCACGACAGGCCUUCGCCCAACACGCUGGAUGUCUGA